UGAAUUGAAAUGGAACAAUUACUGUUGUUUUUUUAGUUACCAUGUCGAUUUUAAUCUUAAAAGAUUGAAAUUCUGUUACUGCGAAGCCUCUGAACUAUAAUUUAUUUCAUUAUGGUUGUGAUGAAAUUAGUAAUAAAGUGAAGAUAGUAUGUUAUCAUGACUAUCAUCCUCUUUGGAUUUAGAGUUGUCUUGGAUGACUUCUUGAAUGUAUGAAAAUGGUUAUUGAUAGUGAAUAUACCAAUUCAUGAAUGAAUGUUCCUUUGGGCAACAAUGUUAAGCAAACGAAUUAUUAUGAAUGUAUGCAAAGCUGUCCACGAUGUUCUAAGUUGAAUUUUUAUGCGAAGAGACGUGGGACAACAAUGAGAUUAUAUGAAUCCAAGGAUGUAGAAUUCCCUUGGAAGUUUAUGUAAUCCUUGGCCAGGUGAAUGGAUAAGAUUUUCACCUCUUAGGAGACGUCCUACGGUGAGCAAAGAGAGCUUAUGGAGUUGCCUACGGAUAUGAUUCGAUCCUCUUAGGAGUCAUACUACUUUGAGCUAUGCUCAUGGAGGCACCCCUAUGGAUAAGGAUAUGUUUAUGAGAUUAGAAUGAUUAAAUGUUUUAUGCUAUUGAAUUUACUUUGUUUUAUAAUCAUUUGUACAAGCAUGUUAUGGCUGUUUGACUAAUAUCUGUUGCAGGAAAAUAUGGAACUUAAUAAGGGACUAAGUUUUAAAAGGUCCUUGGUUUAUUGAGAGUCUCUCUCUCCCCUUUGGGGCUGCUCAUGCAGGUACUAAAGAAGAUCAAGGACUGAGGGUGCUCUGAAGUGCAUAUUGUCUUUUGUGUUUUCGCUGCAGUUGCUCCGCCAAUUAUCUUCAAACGAAAAUCUCUUGCAUGAGUGUCCUAAUCUUACAUUCAUUUAAACUUGUGCUGGAGAUGCUCUGUGACUUAUGCUAAUUGCAUCAUCAACGGAAAUCAAAGGAUCAGAAAGCAUUAAUCUAAAUUUGCACAUCUUGGCAGUAGUUUUCACUUUUUCAGUAGUUAAACUUGAUGUCUUUUAGAAAAACCCCAUUCCCUCGUCUCCUCCUUAACGAUGUCGCUUGCAUGAGAAAUGCCCAGCAAGUUUUGCGUCAUGUGAAUGUCUCUCUUCAUGAUGGAGCGGCGUUGAUGCUAACAGGUGCAAAUGGCUCAGGGAAGACAACUUUCCUGCGCAUGUUAGCUGGGUUUUCUCGUCCUUCUGCUGGUGAAAUCCUUUGGAAUGGCCAUGACAUUCAAAAAUCUGGAAUCUUCCAUCAGUAUAAGCUUCAGCUUAACUGGCUCUCCUUCAAUGAUGCCAUUACAGAUAGGUUUACAGUUCUUGACAAUGUUCAGUGGUUUGAAGUUCUCGAAGGAAAGCAAGGGAAGGCUAUGCCUGCCCUUGAGUUAAUGGGAUUGGGAAGAUUGGCCAAGGAAAAGCCAAGGAUGCUGUCUAUGGGCCAGCGGAAAAGACUGCAACUUGCCAGAUUGCUGGCAAUGGAUCGCCCCAUAUGGUUGCUGGAUGAGCCUUCAGUUGCAUUGGACGAUGAAGGUGUAAAGUUACUUGAGUAUAUAAUCGCAGAGCAUAGGAAACAGGGAGGAAUUGUGAUUGUGGCGACUCAUUUACCCAUUCAGAUUGAAGAUUCCAUGGUCUUGAGGCUGCCACCAAGGUUUCCAAGGAGGAUGACUUUUGUGGAUAUGCUUGACCGGGCAGACAUUUGUUAAGUUUCCUGUUUUCAUUCACGUUCUCAUCGAAACAGGUUUAAGUUCUGGAAUCACUUAUGCGCAGUCAGUGUCAUUUUUGACAAUUCAGUCAGUAGUAUUCACUGUUGAGUUGUCUUUGUAUUACAGUCGUACAUGCUUGUAGACUUGCAUUUUGAUGCUUCUGUUCAUGUAACUUCCAUGAAACAUUUUAAGGGCCCUGAGAAUCAUAUUUUGUGGGCGGCAUUCAGGCUUCAGCUAAGAAUAAGAUAAGAU